CUCGCCACAACGAAAAACAAAACUUAUUCUUAAAGUUCUUCUCGUUAUUAAAAGGAAUUCUCUAAUGAAUUAUUGCCGUUGAGUCAUCGUUAAUGACAUGGAGAAAUUGCCAAUCUCGCACACAUAUGUAUUUUCAAUCUCGACAAUAGUUCCCGUUAUAAAUCUAAAACCCGUUAUGAACAUAAAAUUCUUUUAAAACGUAUUUCUAUUUUCUCUGUAUUAAAUUAGUAAAAUUCUAAUGGAUUUGCAAUGCAAGUACUGACCUUGGAAUUUUUAAAAAUGUGCGAUAUACUGGUUUCUAUUCAUAAUAAAUAAAGUAUUCUAAACUAUCAUUAUCUUACCAUAUCCAUGAAUAAAUAUUUUAUUUUUUUCUGUUUCAAUAAACGUAUAUCAAAAAAUGUAAUAGAAUUUUAUAAAAAUUUAUUUAUUAAAGAGCGCAUUUAAAAAAACAGAAAUCUCUAUUGAUAUUUAGCAACAGAACAUUUUAUACAACAUAUACAUAUACAUAUAUAUAUGCAUCAUGCAUACACACAUACUCAACACAUAUAUAACACGCACGCCUUUUUUACUGGCUUAGUUCCCCAAUUCCCAGUAGUUCCUUAUCAUUGGUGUUCAAAACUGUUCGUCCGAUGGCAUUCUGCUACUUUCGUUGGUAGUGAACGGUACUUCUUCGAGUUCCUGAUAAAAUAGUUAAUGCGACAUCAUGAAUUUCCAAGACGUGGUCAUUGUAUCUGCUGUCAGAACUCCUAUAGGGUCCUUUUGCGGAAACUUAUCUUCAUUAAAAGGAUCAGAUUUAGGAAGCAUUGUUAUUAAAGAAUGUCUUACAAGAAUAAAUUUAAAUCCAUCUGAUGUGUCUGAAGUAAUUUUAGGACAGACAUUAACAGCAGGUCAAGGUCAAAAUCCAGCUAGACAAGCAGCUAUUAAAGCAGAAUUUCCUGUACGUGUUCCAGCUUAUCAAGUCAAUAUGUUAUGUGGUUCUGGAUUGAAAGCAAUUGCAAAUGGUUACCUAUCUUUAAAAAGUGGAGAGAGUAAUAUUAUUGUAGCUGGAGGUCAAGAAAGCAUGAGCCAAGCGCAACACACAAUUUAUCUUAGAAAUGGUGUCAAAAUGGGAGAUUGUAAUUUUGUUGAUACAUUAUUAUACGACGGAUUAGUUGAUGCAUUUACUUCUAUUCAUAUGGGAGUGACAGCUGAAAAUGUUGCUAAGGAUUUUGGAAUAACUAGAGAAGAACAAGAUCUUUAUGCGAUAUUAUCUCAACAAAAGGCAGCAGCUGCCAUUUCAGCAGGACAUUUUGAUAAGGAAAUUGUUCCUGUAACAAUAUUGAACAAAAAAGAAUCUAUUCUUAUAUCUAAGGAUGAAUAUCCUAAACCUUCAACUACUAUACAGGAUCUUUCCAAAUUGAAACCAGUUUUUAUUAAGGUUAAUGGAACUGUUACUGCUGGUAAUGCAUCAGGUAUAAAUGAUGGAGCAGCCGCAGUAGUUCUUAUGACAAAGGAAGAAGCGAUCAAAAGAGACAUAAUUCCUUUGGCUCAAAUCGUUGGAAUAGCUGAGAGUGGAGUAGAACCAAAUGUUAUGGGUAUAGGUCCAAUACCAGCAAUUGAAUUACUUUUACAAAAAACCAAAUGGAGUAAAGAUGAAGUAGAUCUCUACGAAUUGAAUGAGGCAUUUGCUGCACAAUCACUGGCAUGCAUCAGAAAACUUGAUUUAGAUCCUAAUAAAGUUAAUAUCAAUGGUGGUGCUAUUGCUUUAGGUCAUCCUAUUGGAGCCUCUGGAGCUAGAAUUUUAGUAACUUUACUUCAUUCAUUAGAAAGAAUAGGAGGGAAAAAAGGCAUUGCAGCAUUAUGUGUUGGUGGGGGAAUGGGAAUUGCCCUUGCUAUAGAAAGAAAAUAACAUUUUAUGUUCAUUAAUUUUGUUACUUAUUAUGGUGAAAAUACAAAAUUUUAUAUUACGCGGUUUUUUAACAUGUAUGAAUGAAAAAAAUCUUUUAUUUUUAAAUAUUUUUAUUUUUAAAUAUCAUAACUAUUCAUCAACUUUUUGAUUAAGAGAUGAUCUAAUUACUUAAUGUUCUUAUAUUUUUAUAUUUGUUUUAUGACAAUAAAAUAUUGACAUAUAGUUAAACAAUUAAUCAUCAACUAUGAAAUUACAGUAUUUAAAUAAUUUAAUAAUUUAAUAAUUUAAUAAUUUAAUAAUUAAAUAAUUUAAUAAGUUUUUAUUAAAAAACUGUGGAGUAUGAUGAUAGACAACAUAAACUAUGCAUGCAAUUGUGGUAGUCAAUAUUAUUUAAAAUAUAUCAAAUGUAUUGAAUAUAAUUUAAAAAUAUGGUUUGAAAUCUGUACAAUGAACAUUAUCCUGAUUAUAUAAUAUUUUUUCUUAUACAUACACUUGAGAAUGAACUAUAUGCAAACAUUCAAAAAUAUUACAUUAUUAUAUGAAAGAUAAUUAUGGAAAAUCAUAAUAAUUUAUAAGGCACAAGCUUCUUUAUAAAUAACUAAAUUAAGACUUCUCACUAUUUUUGUACUAAUUAGCCAAACAAAUAUUACUGAGCUGGUGGUUAUUCCAAUCUAAUGAACUAAUUCAGAGUGCCUUCUUUUAGAUAGAUUUAAUAUAAACUUUAUUACGUUUAUAUAUGUAUCAACAAUAUGUAAAUAUGCUAAAAAAUAGAUAUUGCCUAUUUUUGUGUUAAGAUAUUUCUGUUAUUAGUAACAAACUGUAUAUUAUUAAUUUUAACAUAAAAAGUACACACAUAUUUACAAACAUUUAAUUAUGUAAUUAAUGUAAUUUAUACAUCAACUUUACUAAUAUUUACUAAAGACAAAAUUCAUCUAUAUGUAAUUACAAUAUAUGGAAAUACAACCUCGCAUAAAUGAAUUUAAUUAGUUGGUAAUGACAAUAUAUUUGGUGUAUUUUUUUUUAAAUAUUACGCAUAAAUACCUAAUUUACAUUGUAAACUGAUAUUGCUUUUGUAUAUAAUUAUACAUCUUGCAUACAUUCAUACAAUGUGACUUAUAUAAUUCAAAUUUGUAUAACACAAAAUGUUUAUGUUAUUUUUUUCUAUAUUUUUUAUAUAUGGAAUAAGGUAUAUACGACACUAGAAAUAUAUUCAAAAAUUUAACAAUCUUUUUAGUGUUCAAAGAAUAUGUGCAUUGUAUAAAUUGUAAAUAAUUCAUCAAUGUUCAUUAGAAUUAUUAAUGAUUAUGAGUUAUUCAUCUUUACUAUUUUUAGGCUCCUUGGCUUUCUUGGUUUCUAACAUAUUUUGUACAGCUAACACUCCUUCUUGUUGCCUUAAUUGGACACGUUUUUCUUUAAAAGUACGUUUUGUAUCUUUCCUAUUGCUUUUGCAUUGAUUUAAUUGCUGUAGCUGAUCCUUGAUAGCUGGUAUAAUGCGUACCUUAAAUUUAUAUAAGCAUAGAAGUAUCGUUAUAUUUUAUAUGUUUCCUAAAACUAUGAAAAAUAAAAAAGAUGAUCAAUAAUAUUA